ACCCCCACCCACCUUGCACCGCCUCACCCUAACGGUCAUCUCCCGCUCAAUAAGGCACAUCGAUAAACUCCACCAUAGCCACAUACUUGAUCCCUCUCUCUCUCUCUAACCAUUCUCUUGUCUUAGUGUGUGUCUGGAAUUCUAAUGGAAACUACCACAGCUCAGCCGGAAAUGGAGGGUUCUUCGGACGAAUUAAAAGUAGUUGUAACAGAACCUACCGUGGUGCAGCACGUAACGAAAGCAUCUUCAGAUCAAUUGCUGAGGAAAUUUGCAGCUUCAGAUGACGAGGAAUGUCCAGCAAAGAGAGAGCCAAGAGUGCCGAAACGCCGGAGAAGAUCCCGAAGAAAUGGCAAUGAAGAUAAGGAGAAUUGUGAGAGUCCAUCAAAGAACAGUAACAAUAGCAGCUUGGCAGAGCGGAGAUCUCUUCUACCCCCAGGCGUGACGAGGAAAGCGACACUUCUUCGGCAGCUUGGAAUCGCGAGAUCUCAGCAUAGAGCGAGGGAUAUGAUCAGGAACAAGUCUCUCAUGAGAGCAAUUGAGAAGACUUGGCGUAAAACGGUGGAAGAUGCUUCGAAGGUCUUUAUAGAGAGGCAUUACAACCGGCAUAAUCGCCUCAUAAACGAUGCAGUUUAGUUCACUAACUUUUGUACGCCCCUAUUGCUGUGUUUCGUUCGAUGGAACUAUGUGUGCUUGCUACUAUUGCACCAAUGCCAGGCUAAUGAGAAAUGCGAGGUCGCACAAAGCAUCAGGGCUGGGUUAGAGCAAUCUUUCCACAUUCACAGCUCACCUGGGUUUUGGCCUAGAGCCACACAAGAGAGUAUGGUUUUUUUUAUCAUAACAUAUAGUUUUGUGUAGUAACAUGUUAAGUGUCAGCAUCUAAUUCAAUCAAAUAUCUUCUUAUAUAUUGACA